GAAUGCCAUUAUAACAAAGAAGAAGGUACAUUUGACAACUAUUUUAUGUAGCUCUUCCUGAGGAUUCUCGACAGCGGGAGAAAUGUGCUGCCCCCUCCUGGUGAAUCCAUGUCCUGCUGCUGACAUCAGUAUUUGACAUAAGUAUUUGUGUCUCUGAGCUGUAGUUGUCCUCAGUGGCUGAGAGGACCACAGACAUUCAGAGUGACCUGGGGGUGUGACGGUGAAACAAGCUCAUCAAGAGUGAAAGAUGUGUAUCAUCUUAAAAUAAGCAGUCUCAAACCUGGUGAAAAGUACCAGUUCAACAUGGCUACAGAGGGAGAAGAUGGAAGACAAAGCAGAUGGAUCUCAGCAUCCCUAUCCACAGUUGUCCCACCCAGAGUUUUAAAGAUCGACCAUUUGGAAGAGACCUCCUUCACUCUCCACUGGUCCAAGGCUGAAGGGAUGGAGAAAGUCCCACAGCGCUUCUUCAUAUCCAACUGCAUCCCAGGAACAGACCCCCUCACAGCCGUUACUGACGACUGCCACAAAACCUUCUCAAACCUGCAUCCUGGCACCAAGUACACUGUUAGUGUUGCAACUGUGCUGAACAAUGGGGAACAGAGUGAACCUGUCUCUACAACAGUCUGCACUAUACUUCCUGCUCCAGACCAGCUGACUGUUGACUCAGUGGACACCACAUCAGCUGCUGUUAGCUGGAUCCAGCCACCGGGAUUGGACCAAACCCAACAUCAUUACCAGAUCUCCUAUCGCUGUUCAGGGACAGAACCACACAUCACUACCACAUCUUCACCCAGCAUCACUCUCUCUGACCUGAAACCUGCUACUGAAUACUCUGUCACUGUCUGCGCUGUGCUGGAAAAUGGAAAGCAAAGUCAACUGGUGUUAACGACCCUCACCACAGUACUUCCUGCUCCAGACCAGCUGACUGUUGACUCAGUGGACACCACAUCAGCUGCUGUUAGCUGGAACCAGCCACCAGGAUUGGACCAAACCCAACAUCAGUACCAGAUCUCCUACAACUGUCCAGGGACAGAACCACACAUCACCACCACGUCUUCACACAGCAUCACUCUCUCUGACCUGCAAGGUGGUACUCAGUACUCUGUCACUGUCUGCACUGUGCUGGAAAAUGGAAAGCAAAGUGAACUGGUGUCAACAACCUUCACCACAAUACUUCCUGCUCCAGACCAGCUGACUGUUGACUCAGUGGACACCACAUCAGCUGCUGUUAGCUGGAACCAGCCACCAGGAUUGGACCAAACCCAACAUCAUUACCAGAUCUCCUACUGCUGUCCAGGGACAGAACCACACAUCACUACCACAUCUUCACACAGCAUCACUCUCUCUGACCUGCAACCUGCUACUCAGUACUGUCACUGUCUGCACUGUGCUGGAAAAUGGAAAGCAAAGUGAACUGGUGUCCACAACCUUCACCACAAAACAUUUUCAGUGGUGGAACAGACCCUCCACAGUUGCUGCAGUGUUUGUUCUACUGGCUGUGAUCAUUGGCCUGUGGGAUUCCUAUGCAACUUCAGAGCGAGACCAGCUACAGAAUAGUCUAACUACCAGGACCACAGAGAGAGACCAGCUACAGACCAGUUACAACACCCCGACUAAAGAGAGAGACCAGCUACAGACCAGUUACAACACCCUGACUAAAGAGAGAGACCAGCUACAGAAUCGUCUAAAUACCAGGACCACAGAAAGAGACCAGCUACAGACCAGUUACAACACCCUGACUAAAGAGAGAGACCAGCUACAGACCAGUUACAACACCCUGACUUUAGAGAGAGACCAGCUACAGAGUAGUCUAAAUACCAGAACCACUGAAAUAGACAAGUUGAAGAAGAGUCUGAACACUACAACUAUGGAGCGUGACCAGCUACAGAAGGAGAUAGAAAGACUGAACUGGGAGAACAAAGCAUGGUAUUAUUCAGGACCUCAGACUGGGGGCGAAGGUUCACCUUCCAGCAGGACAACGACCCUAAGCACACAGCCUAGAAAACGCAGGAGUGGCUACGGGACAAGUCUCUGAAUGUCCUUGAGUGGCCCAGCCAGAGCACGGACUUAAACCUGAUCGAACAUCUCUGGAGAGACCUGAAAAUAGCUUUGCACCGACACUUCCCAUCCAACCUGACAGAGCUUGAGAGGAUCUGCAGAGAAGAAUGGAAGAAACUCGCCAAAUACAGGUGUGCCAAGCUUGUAGCGUCAAACCCAAGAAGACUCAAGGCUGUAAUCACUGCCAAAUGUGCUUCAACAAAAUACUGAGUAAACUGUCUGAAUACUUAUGUAAAUGUAAUAUUUCUGUUUUUUGUUUUUAAUACAUUUGCAAAAAUGUUUUUUUUUAACUGUUUUUGCUUUGUCAUUAUGGGGUAUUGUGUGUGGAUUGAUGACGGGGGAUUUAUUUUUUUACAUUUAACACUUUCUGAAUGCACUGUAUAUAACCUUCUAUUGGUUGCAGAAUUGUGUGUAAUAAUUUAAACUUUUUUUAAUCCAGGGUCGUUUUGUAUAUCAGUUCAUAAACCAUGUACCAUGGAAUAGGUACAUGGAAAAUCUCUUCCCCAACGUUGGUUUUAAUUUUGAGUAGAACAGACAUUUCCAUAUAUUUUUGUUAGCUGCAUGUGUAACAACUCUACCAGUCCUAUUUCUAUAACGUAGAAAGAUUAUAACGCUUUACAUUAAAAUAAAGUUUUUUUAAAUCAAUUAGUAUAUUUGAGUUUAACCAUAAUAUUUGGAAUAAACUGAAAUUGCAACCGACUUUUCAUGGCUUGUUUUAAAAAUAACGAUAUUUUGGAGAUCAUUUCAUUUUAAAAUAACCAAAAGUGAGAGGUUGUAAUGUAAUGCCAUUCUUGAACAUGGGGUGAGACAUUUUUACUAAUUUGCUGGAGAACCACUUCAGAUUUAAGUAUAACUUUAGUAUGACUGAAGCCUUUAGUGAGAGGUUUAAUGCUUUUAUUAUAUAAAUAGGCCCCUGUCAAAG